CAAGAAUUUCAAAUGGAAAACUAAAUGAAGCGGGGAAAAAAUAAAAAUUUAGUUUUAAAACUUAAGUCCAAGUGUUCACAUCGUCUUUACAAUGGGCAGAAUUAAAAUAGUUUCCAUAUUUGCCAUAAUAUUUCUACAAUAUUUGGCCAUACAAAAUGUACAAGCUGCCAAUAUGGUGUGUUAUUUGGAUACCAGCCGGGUUAAGGAAGUCCAACAAACCAUUUUCGACAUUGAUCCUGCCAUGCAAUUUUGCAAUUACUUGAUUUAUGGUUAUGCGGGCAUUAACUCUGACACCUUCCAGCUGAAAACCUUGGAUCGUGGCUUAAAUUUUGAUUUAUAUCAUGCCGUUACCGCUCUCAAACGUAAACACUCUCAUUUAAAGGUUUUACUCUCGGUGGGUGGUGAUCGUGAUUUGGAGUCGGAUGAAGAAGAGCCCAAUAAAUAUUUAAUGCUAUUGGAGAAUAUUGCUCAUCGUAAUGCCUUCAUAAAUAGUGCUCAAAGCUUUGUGAAUACUUAUGGUUUCGAUGGUUUGGAUUUGGCCUGGCAGUUCCCUAAAAAUCCUCCACGUGAAGUUUAUACCGGUAUUCGUAAGGCAUGGAAUAAAUUCAAGGGCUGGUUUAAGGGUCGCAAUGUUGUGGACGAGAAAGCUGAGGAACAUCGUGAACAAUUUGUUAGUUUUGUGCGAGAAUUGAGACAGAGCAUGAGUUCGUUGCAUGCCUUACUGACGAUGACGGUGCUGCCACAUGUUAGUGCGGAACUCUUCUAUGAUAUACCCCAAAUAGUGCCACAAAUGGACUUUGUUACCCUGGCCACCUUUGACUACGUUACACCCCUAAGAGAUCCCAAAGUAGCCGACUAUACAGCCUCAAUUUAUGAGCUAUUCGAACGUGAUCCUGAACUCAAUAUUGAUAAUCAAAUACAAUAUUGGUUAAAUCAUACCAGUGAAACGAGCAAACUAAUAAUGGGAGUGCCAGCCUAUGGACGUUCCUGGAUAAUGACCAAAGAAUCGGGUAUUACCGGCUAUCCACCAUUGCCAGCUGGCGGAGCGGCAGCUGGUGGUAAUUUGACUCAUACAGAAGGUUUGUUAAGCUGGCCGGAGGUGUGUGUGAAAUUGCAUCAAAAUAAAGAUUUGAAAGGUGAUGCGGCUCCCUUACAUAAAGUAGGAGAUCCCACUAAACGCUUUGGCACCUAUUGUUAUCGUGAUGCUGAUGAUAAUGGUGAAUAUGGUAUGUGGGUGUCGUAUGAGGAACCUGCUACAGCUGCCAAUAAAGCCAAUUAUGCCAGAGUAAGAAGUUUGGGUGGUGUGGCUCUAUUUGAUUUGACCACCGAUGAUGUGUUGGGUAGUUGUGGCGAUGGCAAGUAUCCCAUUUUGAGAAGCAUUAAAUAUAAAUUGUAAGCUAUGUAAAUGUAUCAUAUUUGGGAUUUUUUU